AUGAAAUUCUUCACUGUCCUGCUGUUGGCCAGCCUUGCCACAGCCUCUCUUGCUGUCCUGCCUGGGUCUGAAGAUGAACUCCACAUGAAGACUCAGCACACAUCUGCCAGUAAGUCCCAUGAGAGCAUCCCUUCUUCCCAGUCCAUUCCAACCAGCCACAACAGCAAGGAGAGUACUUCCAAAAAGGACUCUUCCAUCUUCAGAGAACAGCUGGUUUCCGAAGAUAACGUGGUGAUAGAAUGUACCAAAUCUAAGAGUCAAAAGGCCCAGGCUGGGCUCAGUAGUGGGGCUUCUCAGCUGGAAGAGACCACAGGAUCCACCACCUCAGCUGGUAUGAGCUAGAGAAGAAGGGAAAUAUCUGGGGAGCACUGCAAGAAGCUUUUCCCGGGGUGGGGUGGGGGUCAUGGAGGUGUGAACAGAGAACCUGCCCUAACUGGACAUUUCUAUUUUCAAAUUACAGAAACCACCACAGAGGGAAAACUGACUAAGUUAAACCAGGCAAUGGAAAAAAAUGUGGAUAAAAUAAUUAGAAAAGUUGUGAGUGGUGUGGAAGACAUAAUCCCUGGUGCCAAUGAUAUCACGAGCCAAUGA